CUCUGCUUGAUUUUGGAAUUUCAAUAAUUAGUUUCUGAAAUGUCAGCAGCGUCUGUUGAAUUUGAACUCACUGAUCUCAUAGACUUUGCAGUAAACCAAGGCAAUGGGGUCAAGGGUCUAUCCAACUUAGGCAUAAAAACCAUCCCUCAGAAAUACAUCUUACCCCCUGAAGAUAGACUAAAUCAGAACCAGAUAGCGCAAGAUGAAUCAAUAGCUGUCAUUGAUGUAUCUAACUGGGAUGAUCCAAAAAUUGCAGCCUCAAUCUGUGAGGCUGCAGCCAAAAGGGGUUGCUUUCAAAUUAUCAAUCAUGGCAUCCCACUUGAGGUUCUUGAAAAUGUAAAGGAAGCUGGGCACAAGUUCUUUGAGUUGCCAGAUGAGGAAAGGAGGAAGUAUUUGAAGGAAAAUUCACCUACUCCCACUGUGCAGUUGAAAACUAGCUUUAGUCCUCUUGCAGAAAAGGUUUUGGAGUGGAAAGAUUAUCUUACGCAUUUGUAUAUUCCAGAUGAUGAGAGUUCAAAAUUAUGGCCUUCUGUGUCCAAAGAUCAAGUAUUGGAGUACAUUAAGUGGGCUAAACCAAUAAUUAGAAAGCUACUUCAGCUGCUUCUAAAGGGACUUAAUGUCAAGAAAAUUGAUGAAACAAUAGAAUCUCAACUCAUGGGUUCCCUGUAUGUCAACCUUGUUUACUAUCCCAUUUGUCCAAACCCUGAGCUUGCUUCUGGAGCUGGUCGACAUUCUGAUAUCUCCGCCAUCACUAUCCUCCUUCAAGAUGAUGUUGGUGGCCUUUUCGUGCAAGGAACAAAAGCUGAUCAGUGGAUCCAUGUAACACCAGUUAAAGGGGCACUGGUAAUCAACAUAGGAGAUAUACUACAAAUUGUGAGCAAUGAUCGUUAUAAGAGCGUUGAACAUCAAGUCACUGUUAAUGGAAGGAGAAACAGGGUUUCAGUGCCUAUAUUUGUUGACCCUGCAGCUGACACAGUUGUUGGUCCAUUUCCAGAAGCCCUGGAGAGUGGAGAGAAACCAAUUUAUAAGCAUUUUGUCUACUCAGAUUACUUCAACUACUUCUUCGGUAAAGGGCUCGGCAGAAAGCAGACAAUUGAACUUGCUAAAAAAUAAUGUUCAGCCAAUAAAUGUAAGGUAGUCUCAACUGAAAUAGCACAAAAUAGUGUGUUAAGCGAGGAUCCUACCCUUGUUCUUUAUGUCUCUUGAUCUGAUACGUUGUUUGCCUUUAUCCAAACAUUUCUGUAGGGUUAAAUCCCAGUUUUAGUUCUUAAACUUCAAUUUUGGAUAUUUAAUCUUCUAAAG